AUGGGGCGAUCCAAAACACAAACACAGUGCGGUAAUCCACUAUGGCGCGACUGGAUUAAAGAAUGGGCGGAAGAAAUACGGCAAUCGAAAGCAUAUUAUACAUACAUCAAGGCACACAAUGCGUUGGCUAAUUGUCAAACGGUUUUCACGCAUCCUUCAGAAACUAUCCAGUUAAAGGGAAUUGGUGAAGGUCUUGCUGGACGAUUGGAACGUCGACUACAAAAGUAUUGCGAAGAAAAUGGGCUACCAAUGCCUGAACGACCAAGCAAGUCAGGAACGCGGAAAAGUAACAAUGGCGACACUGCAGGAGACGACGGCUCGAAUGCCUCACAACAACGAAAGAAGCAGCGUUCCUCAGGAACCAGCUCUCGCGCAUAUGUUCCUCGGUAUCGUACUGGAGGAUACGCCAUCAUGUUAUCACUGCUAGAACAUCGCGAGCGCAAUGACCAGAAGAACGUAUCAAGGGAACAGAUCAUUCGCCUUGCCGAAGACCAUUGUGAUUCUUCCUUUGAUUUGCCAGAACCAGGCAAAAGCUAUACGGCAUGGAGCGGCAUUAAAACAUUGAUGACCAAGGAUUAUGUAUGGAAGCAUGGUAGUCCUGCAACUUAUACCUUGACCGACACCGGUCUAUCGAUGGCAAAAGAACUAAAGUCUGCAGCAGAAAAUGGUGGUCGGAUGCCACGAUCAACGCAAGCGUCAUCAUCCACAUCAUCUCAAAAUAAGGGAAAACAGCGAGAUCGAGGACGGAUGCGACAAGUGGAACCCGAGGACGAAAGUAGCGAUAAUGGCGGAGAAGAAGAAGUAGACUUGAGCUUAUACGUGAUGGAUCCGGACAAGUACAGAGCGUCGAUGGCCAACAGCGUUACUCAACAACAAUCAUCACAACAACAUCAAAGAAAUGAUUGUGAGGGUCACAGUGAUGGUGGUGGAGAAAAAGAGGUCGACUUGAGCCUAUACGUGAUGGAUCCCGACAACUACAGAGCAUCAAUGGCCAGCAGCUCUACUGGGCAACAGUCAUCCCAGCAACAGCAAAGAGAUAGUCGUGCUAGUCGCAGCGAUCGGAAUGAUGUGCGUGAUAUAAGCAGGAAAUACGAAGACAACGAGGGAGAGGAAGAGCCGGUGGAUCUCAGUCUCUAUGUUACUGAUAAGGUCAAGUUUCGAGCGGAAAUGGCAAGUUCAGCACCACCAGUAUCAACAUGGCAAGAUACAUCUACCCAGAUCAGUUUAUUAGACGAUGACGACGACGGCAUCGAUCUCUUUAGUCGAUCCAAAGCAGUAGGCAACGAAGUAUUCUCAAGAUACCAAUCGCCGUCACAAAGCCCAGCGACAAAUUCAUUACCGUUAAGUUACCAACUUCAAAACUUGAACAACGACGACAUCAUUGCACUUGACUCGCCCUCUCCUCAAGAACUACCACCUUCGCCCUUACGCACAUCCUCCCAAGCUUUCUUAUCCUCCUUUCCCGAUCCUGACGAUAUUUCUAUACCCGAAUCCGAGCUAGGAAGCCAAUCUGCUUCUUUUCUAUACACUUUUCUGGAUCAAUCAAACAAAUAUGUCAGACAUAUAUCACAGGCUGCUGUGGAAAUUCGAGGUAGUCGGGCACUGUACAAGAUACGCUUUUCAGCGUCUCAACUUUCACAUCCUCAAACGGAUAAAAUACACGACACUCAAAUUGAUACCGACAGUAAUACGUACACCGGCUACAUUGCAGAGAUCGAUUGCGAUACUCUAUGUCCUGGUCUCUCUGGUGAACCUCUGAUUCCACUCAACCGAGAGGAGGAGGAUGAUUUCUGGCCGUCGCUGUUGAAUGCGCCAGAGACUGGAUCGGCAGCAGCAACACCACAGGAUAGCCAGAAUAUCAUGGAUAGCCAAAGUAUCAUGGAUAGCCAACUAUCGAUUCCAGCAAGUCAAAUAGAAUUUGAAGAAUACCCUCCAGAUAGUUACGACAUUGUUCUGGUGCUGGAUACACGAGAAAUUAAAAUGAGGACCAACCGCGACUUUUUCCUCCAACAGUUGACGGAAAAAGGCAUACGUGUCGUCAAGCGAGCCCUUGAACUUGGCGACAUGUUGUGGAUCGCACAGAAGAAGGGCAGUAGGAGUUCAAGGGACGAACUGUUCCUAGACUUUGUGGUGGAACGGAAACGGUUGGAUGAUUUGGUUGCAAGUAUUAAGGAUGGCCGCUUUAAUGAACAAAAGUAUCGAUUGAAACGAUCGGGUGCCGAGAAAGUGUUCUAUAUUAUCGAAGAAUACAGCAAGGAGGACGCCAUGAACUUUAAUGCACAGGCGAUUCAAACAGCCAUGUCAUCUACGCAGGUAGUGGACAAGUUCUUCCUCAAACGCACAGCAACCAUCAACGAUACUAUCGACUACCUUGUUACUAUGACCAAGAUGAUUGAACAAAUCUUCCAUAAUGUUACACUCUACCGGAUUCCUGAUCAUACCAUCACUCGUAUAAACUACCUGGAACAAAAGAACCGAUUGGGCAAACAUCACCACAUAACAUAUCCCUUGUACAGCGAACUCAACAGCAAGAAUGAUACGCUUACACUCAAAGACCUUUAUUUACGUAUGCUCAUGACUAUCCGCGGUGUAAGUGCGGAAAAGGCAUCUGCGCUCACCAAGAUAUACCCUACACCCUGUCAUCUACUCCGAGCCUAUGAAAUGAAAUCAGAAGACGAGGGGAAGGCUUUGGCACGGGAAGCAACCAAGGAUGCCAUUAGUAGACGAAGAUGGGGACAGCAACUUAGUGAAAAGCUAUGGGAAGUAUGGGGUCAAGGCUAUAGAUUAUGA